AUAGUGGCGGCGCGGCCUGAGUGAAGAGUGUCCCCUGCGUGAGAGGCUGCUGCCCGCCAUGCUGUUCCGUUUCGGCGUGGUGCUACCGGCCCAGAUGACGGAGGGCGGCGGGAUGCUCCUGCUGGCCGGGUCGCGGCCGGAGCUGGGCCAGUGGGACCCGCAGCGCGCCGUACCCAUGAAGCCAGCGCGGCCGACGGCCCCGUUGGCGGCGCAGGAGCCGGCACUGUGGCUGGCGGAGGUAGUGGUGCCGGACGAGGAGGCCGCCAGCCCCUUUUGGUACAAGUUUCUCCGGCGGGAGGGCGGCCACCUCCUCUGGGAAGGUAAUGGGCCUCAUCAUGAUCGAAGUUGUGUUUACAACCAGAGCAACAUAGUAGAUGGAGUUUACUGCCUCCCAAUAGCACACUGGAUUGAAGUUUCUGGACAUACUGAUGAGGUGAAACAUACAACUGACUUCUAUUUUAAUAUAGCAGGACAUCAAGCUAUCCAUUACUCCAGAAUUCUUCCAAACAUCUGGCUGGGAAGUUGCCCUCGGCAGCUGGAGCACGUGACUGUCAAGCUGAAGCACGAGCUGGGUGUCACGGCUGUGAUGAACUUCCAGACCGAGUGGGACAUUGUUCAAAACUCCUGGGGCUGCAACCGCUACCCAGAACCCAUGAGCCCUGAAAUCCUCAUCAGACUGUAUAAAGAGGAAGGUCUUGCUUAUGUCUGGAUGCCAACCCCAGACAUGAGCACUGAAGGAAGAGUACAGAUGUUGCCUCAAGCUGUCUGCCUCUUACACGGGCUGCUGGAGAAUGGACACACAGUCUAUGUCCACUGCAAUGCUGGUGUUGGGAGGUCUACAGCAGCUGUCAGUGGCUGGCUGAGGUACGUGAUGGGUUGGAGCCUGAGGAAGGUGCAGUACUUUUUGGUGUCCCGGAGACCUGCUGUCUACAUUGAUGAGGAAGCUCUGAAUCGUGCUGAAGAUGAUUUCUAUCAGAAAUUUGGCCAUCUUCAUUCCUCAUGCAAAGUACAAGAGUAGAAAAGCAGAAGAGAGAGGGGAAGUGGAAUGCUUACAUGGGAACCAUAAGGGCUUAGACAUAAUGAGUCAGACACCUGCCACUCCUCCUCAGAUUAUAAACUUGUCAUAAUGGUUGUGAGAGGUGUUGUAUUUUCUUUUCUUGGUUUAAGAUGAUAUGAUUCAUGUUUCUAGGCCUUUUGCUGUGAGAAUGAGACCUAGAGACUCUGCAAAAGAAAACUUAGAUUUUUAAUUUCAUUACUUCCCUACAAGAACUGAGGUUUUAGGGUCGAUGCUAAAUAAUGCGUGAUAAUAAAUAGUUUGAGUUGACAGUAUUAAGUUAAUACUGAGUGAGCUAAUACAGUUAGUUAGGUUAAUGGUUGGAGCUGAUGAUCUUAAUAGUCUUUUCCAACCAUAAUGAUUCUGUGGUUCUGUAUUUCAGCAAUAGGAAAGAGAAGGCAUUCUCAGAAAAACAGGUACACAGGUUGACUGGAUUAAGGCUCAGGUUAGUAUGGAGCUGAUCAUCAUCAAAGCUACUCAGUUAUUUUAGGUGGGGUGUACAUUAUUGAAGUGUUUUUGAGUAACUUUUUAGACAAAUAGCAUUAAUGAAAAAGACCAGGGGGUGACUGAUUUUUCAACUCAGUUUCUUAAGCAAAAAGCUAAUGUCUAAUACAAUGAAGUAAGAUUUACUCUCUUUGACUAUCUAGUUAAUGUUAAAAAUUAUGAGUUACAGCUACAUUCUUUUAUUACAUUGGGUUUAUCCUGGGAUGUGGCAGGAAGAGAGAAAACAGGUCCACAUAUUGCUGUCUUAUUCUGUUGCAGGGAAGAACUGCUAUUUAUUAUAAUAUCCUAGGCUGUGAGAUCUCUAAGCCAAAGCUAUAUUUUGCUCUUCUGGUCUAUGCAGUGCUGCACAGUUGGCUCCCUCAGGGGUGGGUCAAGCUAAGCAGUAACCAUUGGAUAUAUAGGAACUGUGUGCUAAGCCUCUGGGCAUGAUUGAUGUCACAGUCUCUGUGGUGUUGACCUAGAUGGAUUUCUUCUCUAUAGGAAAAGUGUCUCCUUCUUGCAGAAGCAAUGUGUGGAUGCUCACAGCUGCAAGAUUUGGCCAAGCAAAGCAAAUAUGUUCCUGUACAGGAGUGAAGAGAAACUCUAAGGAGGGUUUCUCUGGAGUGUAGCCUCAAAAGUCUAAUGUUGGCUUUGUGGAUGAUCUCUAAUGUUUUCCAGUCCUGGUUAAACCCUUAGCUAAAAUAAGCAGUGGCAUCAACAGCUUCCAGGCCUUCUCAGGCAAAAGCAAUUUGCUGUAGGCUAAGUCCAGGAGGGAGGGGGGAGAAAGCAUUUCCUAAGGAACAGGGAAUUAAGGAUGCAUAAGCAUUAAGAAACCUAAUUUCUAUAGGUUUGUUCUUCAGUGAAAUAUAUUUUUUUCCAUACAGCCUGUCUGUCUAAAGACUUAAUCAUUGUCAGAGUAGUACAGCUGAUAAACACCGGUUAUCUUAAUACCUAAUACAUUAGAUAUGAACUUUUUACAGACAAUGUCCAGAAUAAUAUGUUUUAUUUGUCCUACACUUCAAUCAUCUUAAAAAGGAUAAAACUAUUUAUUUAAGUUAUUCUGUGUGUAUGGUGUUGAUACUGACUUUGUUUUCUAUUUUUUUGCUUUGAAAUAACACUGCCUGGUCAGAAAGUGGAUGAGAAAAUCUCUCUUUUAAAUAAAAACAUAAUGACAAUU